AUGAAGGUUAAGUCAGACUUGUCCAGCAAGUUGCUACUCCAGUGUACGGAACCGCUGCACCACGGGCUCCUCGAACUGCUGUUCCUUCGGCUCGGACCCCCGUUCCCGCUGCUCGAACCACCGGUCGUUCCGCUGCUCCUGCUGCUUGGCCCGCCGUUCUUGCUUCUCGAGCCGCUACUCCCGCUGCUCGAUCCGCUGCACCCGCUGCUCGAUCCGCUGCACCUGCUGCUCGAGCUCCCGCUGCUCGAUCCGCUGCAGCUGCUGCUCGAUCCGCUGCUCGAUCCGCUGCAGCUGCUGCUCGAGCUCCUGCUGCUCGAUCCGCUGCUCCCGCUGCUCGAGCUCCCGCUGCUUUUGUACGCUUAA